AUAGAGCCUCGAAGAUCUGAUUAUCCUUUACUUUCUCAAAACUUGACGGAUCCGAGGAUUAGUCAAACCAUCGGUCAACGAUCAAGUAAUUGGAAUACAGGUACAUUUCUUAAUCAAAAUCCGCAGCUAAGUAUUUCUCAAAUUGAUCCACAACAAUUCCAUCCAUCACCCAAGCCUCAAAUGGUUCGAUCAAAUGGCUGGGAACCUGCACUUACCUCCAACAACAACAACAAAACAAAUCCGUCGCCUGAUUCGAAUCCACGAUUCAGUUUUUCCAAGUUAUGUGCAAAAUUAACAUCCACAAAAAUGUUGUUCUUUAUGGUGGGAUUCAUUUUAUGUGCUGUUCCAUUAGCGGUUAUGACAACGCUAUGGUUGAAUGCACGUUCAUCAUCGACAGCUACAACAACCGUAGCAAGUGUUACAGUUUCAAAUACAUCAGUUAGUUUACCAAUACAAUGUUACGCUUAUUCAACUCUGAACGAUUACAGUCGAAAUUAUCAAAAUGGUUAUAGUUGUUGUUAUACACCUUAUGAUAUUAUGUCAUACAUGUCGGCUGGUUGGUUUCGAAUUACAGGAUCAGCUGGUACACAGCUCGUCACAACCGCUAUUUCUACUAUGAAUACAUGUGGUUCAAGUUAUCCUGGCUAUUUUAAUGGUACAUUACCAACCACAGCUGGUUCAAUGACAACAGGAAAUGUUUGCUUUUAUACAGGUGCUUCAUGCGGCUAUUCACUAUCACCAAUUAGUGUUAUCAACUGUAAUGGUUAUUAUGUAUUUUAUUUGAUACCUACAAGUAGUACAUCUUACAGAUAUUGCACAACAAACUAA